AUGAAGUGUUCUAUUUCUGCUCUGGUGUUGAAACAGGAGCAGUUCCUAAAGGAGAAGGUUAAGGUCAACGGGAAAACUGGCAACUUGGGGAACACUGUUCACAUUGAACGCCUCAAGAACAAGAUCACGGUGACGUCCGAGAAGCAGUUUUCUAAAAGGUACCUAAAAUACCUCACGAAGAAGUAUCUCAAGAAGAACAAUCUUCGUGACUGGCUUCGUGUGGUGGCCUCUGACAAGGAGACGUACGAACUACGCUACUUCCAAAUCAGCCAGGAUGAAGAAGGAUCAGAGUCUGAGGAAUAAACGAAGCCUAGCUUGGUGCUCAAUACAGUGUACAAAAGACUAGAACAUCUAUUUAUGAGAACACUUUAACUUAUUGGCUAAUAAAGAUUUUGUACUCUGUUUGACAGAG